AUGCUUCAUUUAUGCUGUGAUACAUUACUCGACAUGAAUAGAAUAGCUAAAAAAUUAAAAGCCAGGAAAGAGGCUGGAAAAUUUGUCCCCGAAAUAAAUUCUCAACAAAAAAAGAAAGAAAUAAGAAAUCCAUCACAAGCACAUAAUACAAAUCAAAUAGCAUAUCCUUUAAUAAGUUUAACAUAA